UGCAUGAGAGAGACUUUCGUUCUCAUUUCACGCCGCCAAAGCUAAACUGAGUUUGUCCUUCAACUCAGGCUGCAUUUAAUGCACAGAUAGAAUAGCAGUCUCCAGUUUCAACUUUCAUCAUUUCAUACCCUAGCAACCUACUCCUUUGCAGCACUUGUCCUCUCUCUUCCACUCUGCACUGCCUGCUUCACCAUACAUACUAAUACGUAUAAAUAAUCAACGUAUAUAUACUCCACCUUGAUCCUCAAUUUUGUUAUUUCUUUGCUUAUCGAUACCAUCUUCAGUUAUUUUUUAAUCUAGUUUUGGCUCAUAUCCCGUCCCUGCCAAUCAGCGGACACUGAUACUCCAUUAAUUCAUACCUCUCUCUUGUUUCUGACCUCUAUAUAAUAUCAUUGUGGACAUUCUGUUCUUAAAUGGCUGUUAACGCACCAAACCCUAAACCUUUGAACCCUUCUGCUUCCCCUUACACGAGAGCCGAAGCGAGUGUGUCUCCGCCAUAUCUACCACCAAACAGUGGAAUGAUCGUGUUACCCUCAAAACUACCCCAGCUUUCACAAGAGAUUUAUGGCUCCCAUCCACAACAGUUGCCAUCUCAACUAGCGUGGGUGACUCGAUCAGUGCCCCCCAUGGUUCCUGGGUUCCUCGCCAAUCCCUACCUCUCCGUGCAACACCAAUUGACUCAAGCUUGGGUGUACCAAGAAGCCACUGCCUACUACAACAUCUAUAGGCAGCCUUUCACCGUGCCCUAUCCACAUAUUUAUUACAGUGACAGUGGGAACCAAGGAACAUGCUGUACCCCCGGUGAGAAUUUAAGAGAAUCCGAGGCUGUGAAAUUUGAGGAAAGAGUGAAAUGUGAGGAUAGCUAUUCUGGGGUUUUGGGCAACGCGGAAAAGAGGGUUUUUGGUGGAGGUGCCAGGAGGUUUGUUGCACCUCCUCGGCUAAGGGCAAAGCGAAGAGAGGGUGGGGUUUUUUUGGGUGAGAAAUUAUGGGUGCCUAAGAUUGAAUCUAAGUUGUAUGGGGAGAGUAGUGGUGAUGAUCAGGGGUUGAGUGCUAAGGAGGAGGACGGGGUUCUUUCCUGUAGUACCGAUGAAGUUGUUUUAGCAGGAAAAACUACUUUAAUGAUCAAGAAUAUUCCAAAUCAACUUGGAAGGCAUGAUUUACAGCGAAUACUGGACGUGCACUGUUUGGGAGAGAAUCAAAAGGCUAUGCAGCGAUUUGAUCGUGUUAAAUCAGAGUAUGAUUUUCUCUACCUGCCCAUGGACUUUGUGAGACGAGCAAAUCUGGGUUAUGCGUUCGUCAACUUCACUAAUGCCGCUGGAGCCUUGAGAUUUUGGAAAGCUUUCAAUAAGUAUAAGUGGGAUGUCGGUGCGAACCGCAAGACAUGUGAAAUAUCUUUGGCAACUAUCCAGGGAAAAGAUGCCCUCUGCAAUCGCUACAAGAAUUCUGUGUUUCCAUGCCAUACCAAUGCCUAUUUGCCUGUUGUUCUACUGCCUGCACGUGAUGGGUGGAGGCAGACCGCACCUAGUAUUGUUGGAAGGCGUGUAGACCCAGCCUUUCCAUUGGAAAGAGGUUGUAUCAGUCGGAGGAAAUCCUUGAACAAGUAAAAGAAAGUCCUUGUUUCUUCAACCUUCUGAUUUCUAGGAAAUACUGUAUGUUUCUCUGUGUGUUGUAGCUGAAUGAUUAGGAUUUGGUUUCUCUGCUCCUCUCAUGGACUUGGGAUUAUGGCUAGUCUAUGCUAGUGGUGUCUAAUAGUGUGGUGGUACGUUUUAGCUCGCCCGUGUUUUCAUUUCCCCCCUAGGAUUGCUGAAGAUGGACGGUCAAAAUCAAUGGGUGAAUUGGAAACACGAGCUUGGGAUUUCGAUGUGUUUGUUUCCAGAACAAUCCUCUGUCAUAUAUGUUGUCUGAAGUUU